UUACACUCAAGCAACGGCGAGAAAACUAGCCUUGAUACCCUAGUUUGAAAAACCCCCAAAAUACAAUGACCUUCUCAACAAGACAACAGUACAUUAUAUACUCCAAGUCGCGAUGGGUCGACCUCGAUCCGGUCAAGAAAACUUCACAUUCUGGUCGCCAUCAAAAUAUGUCGGAGUGGGUCAAUCUUCAAAACAGGUCAAGAAUUCGGGACAAACUUAACAUAUAUGAUUGCAGGAGGCAGCAGUACUUGGUCUUCCUAUACAUCCAUUCUUUUAAUGUGAUGUUCUAUUUACAUUGGGUCCCUUUUGUUUCUUAACAUAAUUGAUGCUUUGGACUUCUAUAGGAGCAGCAGGUUAAUGAGAAAUCUGGGAAGGAAGACAUGGGUCCUCUGAUUCUAAAUGCUUUUGACCUGUUCAUUCUCUCGCAAUGGCUGAACCUUUCAGCAUUGUUUGACCAUGGACAGAGAAACUUACAAUGAAUGCAUGUCUCCCAACUAAAGUAUGGAUGUCGUUGCACCAUCAAUGGGGUUCAAAACUCAUAUCCAUAAUUACAAGAUGAGGGUAGAAGGUCUUGCAACAAAUAAGGCUUCACAUUUCUCUGUUAUUUUAGAAGUUUUUGAAGUAGCUCCCUCAUUUUUCAUGGUGGACAUUUAUAAGGCAGCUGGAGAUUCAAUUGAAUUCCUCAAGGUCAGAUAUAGGAUGACUAGGGUGUUGGUUAUGAGGUUCGGCUGUGCAAAAAGGGCUACAGAGUUGAAGUUCUAUAUAGAAAAUCCUGUCAAUUUCGAGACUUUGGAGGUCAGGAAGUUGAUACAACUGAUAUCAACUUUUUUUGGUGGUUUCGCAAUAGCAUUUACAAGAGAAUGGCGUCUUGCAGUGGUAAUGUUAGCUUUCAUUCCUCUGUUUGUGGUCAUCGGCAGUAUCAUGGCAAUGCUCAUUUCCAAAAUGUCAAGCUGUGUACAAACUGCAUAUGCUGAGUCUAGAAAUGUUUUAGUACAAACAAUUGGAGCCACUAGAAUGGUCAGGAUUGCCAAGAAAACUUCAGUUAAAUUCUAUUAUUUGCAGCUCAACUAACUACAUUUCUGAAUUAUGCUGAUAGUAACCCACUCUUGUGG